AUGGAUUCCCGUUCCACGAGGUAUCGAUCCCUCGAUGCGAAGAGCAUUGAGCCACCGCCUCGAGCCAGGGAACGACACAACUCGGCCCCCACGGUUGAUCGACGGAAAGACCAACAUCAAAGGCGUCCAUCAGCCGCUGCCAGAACCUCAGAUGCCAGCCACCGAAGCUCCAAACCCCAUGCUCGCGGUGACUCUUUGACCUCUCCAGACCGUGCCACAAACACCCGACGCUCAGACCGCCAUCAACUUUCUGGCUAUUCCCUCGAGGCGAAGCUACCGACCAAGCCAAGUGACUCUGAAUCGAGCUCGUCCAUUAACUUGCUGGUCUUGGGCUCACGCAACUCGGGCAAAUCUACCUUUAUUCGCAACGCUGUCGGGAAAGAGCGGUCUCGUGCUUCGACUGAAGUCCUCAUCAAGGACAGGUGCUAUCGGAUCCAGCUCUUCGAAUUGCUCUUUGAGGAUGUCGAUUUCAGUAGCGAGCGAAGAAUCGAAUGGCCACCAUACUUGAAUGGGGCUCCUUUGCCCGAAGUCGAUGGUGUGUUUUGUCUGUACGACGUCUCUGAUAAGGAAAGCGUCGCCGAUGUACCGGCUGCAUUGACCUCCAUGACCAAUACUGGCGUGCCUUGUAUGCUUGUUGCCGCCAAAUGCGACGUCAGGGACGAAUCUCGUCAGAUCAGUCCACGAUUCCACGAGACUGUUCGUCGCAACCUUGCCAAGGUUGCCAUUGCCGAAAUUUCCCUCAGAUCUCCUGAGAAUACCAAGCAGUGCUUUCUUGCAAUGAUCCAUCGAGUCAUUGCCUCUCCGCGAGCAUCUAUUCGAGCGAGUAAGUCGUCGUACACCUCCACAGAAUCUUCGGGCAGUCAGCGCGUCGUCUCAAGGGAUCCAUCCCCAAAGACAGCAAGAAGCCGAAGUCGAUCCAAUAGUCGAUUGCAAGUGUCCAAAUCCAAGGAGUUCUUGCUGAAUCUUUCAGUGCGACAAGCACUUAUCGAAUCCGAGAACGAAUAUAGCCAGUCUUCGGAAGCGGAGGAUGUAGCCCCGGCCGGUCGCAAGACCAAACUCAGAGUGGAUACAACAGCUGUUCCUCAAUCUCGGCGCCGGCCAGCAGAACCCCAUACACCAAUAUCUUCUGGUGAAUAUACCAGCAAAUUGAUGUCUCCUCUUGAGACUUCGACAACAGCAGUACCCGAAACACCCGAUUCUUAUUUUGUAAAAUCAAUGCUUCGUCCUGAGUCGACGUCCACCGUUGACAGCCGGGCUUAUCAAACCUUCCUAAACAUGGACGAAGAUUCACAUGACCUCUCGCCCCGAACAGAAGUGGAAGCCUUGGGCCCUCCUUUGGGCAGUCUAAACAUUGAUGAAAAUUCCAAUAUAGAGCGCGGGAUCCCGUUCCAAGAACUGGUGGACAAGCUCCUCUUGUUGCCUACCAGCAAGACGGAUUCCAAAUUCGUCCCCUCCUUUUUGUGUCUGUACCGUGCCUUUGCAACUCCACAAAAGUUGCUUUCCGCCAUCAUCGACCAAUUCAUGAAGGUGGAACAGAGUAAGAUGGUUCAUUUCACCAAAGUCGCAGAAAUGCUUCGCUACCUGCAGGUACUGGCUCAAUGGACUGCCACAUACCCCGGAGACUUUUCUCCAGGUCCUGCUCGUGAUAUUGCUAUUCCUUUUGUGCAAAGCAUUGAAAAGAGCAAGGUGUUCGCCCCUGCUGCCAGAGAGAUCAGCAACAACUUGGACACCGUCAUUCCGGAUGAAGAUUUAGAUUGGGCCUUCGAUGAUUCUCCCUCUCCGUCGAGCAAAAAGAGUGGUGCAAGCAGUCACCACAAAACGGGCACGUCGUCGACUCUGGUUCCGUCUCCAAGCACAGAGAAUGUCACGAAAUCAAGUCGCAGGCGACAACGAGAAGACGACGGCAGUGAAGACGAUCUAGACGGGACGAAUUCGUCUGCACGCGGAUCCAAUGUGCCUUCAGCAUCUUCCAGCAUGAUCAGAUCAAGCAAUCCAUCCAGUCAGUCAUAUGCGAACUUUCUACAAUUGGAAAACGCAAAAUUGGAAGCUGAGAGGUUCAAGCCAAUACCUCGUUUCCGCCUCAGCAAGUUUCAAUGGCAUCUAUUUAUGGAAAGCACCCUCGAUGAUCUUGCCAGGGAAAUCACCCGAAUCGAUUGGACAGUGUACUCGGCGAUCAGACCUCGGGAUUUUGUUCGACAUGUCUCUCUUUCAACGUCACAGAAAAGAAAAUGCAGCUCAGCCGAUAACAUCGGCGCGAUGGUGAAAAACUUCAACCAUUUGGCAUUAUUUGUUUCCGGCAUGAUCCUCCUCCGAGACAAGCCAAAACACCGCGCAAGAGCCUUGGAGAAAUUUAUGGCGUUGGCAUGGAAAGUGAGGCAAAUGAAUAAUUACAACUCCCUCGGUGCUAUCGUGGCGGGCAUCACUGGCCAUGAGAUUGCUCGACUAGCUGCAACCCGAGAUAUGGUACCGCCGGAGGUUCAGAAGCAAUUUCUGAGACUGACAAUUCUCAUGGGAAUAUCAAGAUCCCACGCUGCAUAUCGAAUGGCCUGGGACAAUUCCCCCGGGGAGAGAAUCCCAUUUCUCCCACUUGUCCGGCAAGAUCUUACAAUGGCUGCUUCAGCAAACAAGACCUUUAUAGGAACGAACAUAAACUGGAGGAAAUUUGAGAUCAUGGGAGACGUCAUCGUGGGCAUCCAGCGAAGCCUCGAAAAUCCCUACAGCUUCCCACCAAGGUCCGUUCGGACCGACGAGAUAACCAAGUUGAUCUUAGAAACCAAGAUCCUGGAGGAGUCAGAGGAUUCUGCAGACCCACGAAGUGAGUUAUACGACCGAAGUGUACAGGUUGAACCACAACAGACCGGAAUUGAUCCUAGAAAAAAGUUCGAAUGGUUACGGCGUUAG